UAUUUGCGCGUCGUUUUGAAAUUAUUCAACACAUCUGAAAAGCCAACCGCCGAAAAUAGCAGAAGCGACGCGCACAAUUUCGAAUGCAAACGGACGCGCAGCCCGCAAGUGAUAUAAAAUAAACAUUAGCAGUCGUCGAAAGUCGCCAACGUGGAGUGCUGAGCAGUACAGUAAAUUCAAUUUUCUAGUGCGCGCAAUUACAAUUCGCAUUUGCAUUAGCAGCAGCUGCAGCAACAACAACAAUGGACCCGUUUACUCAGCACAUGCUCGAGAAGGCGGAACAGCGCAGUCGCGCCCUCGGAAUCAGCAACGCUAGCAAAUUUCCACUCUCCGAGUGCAGCGUAUCGAGCUCCACCACCUCUUCUAGCGAUGCAGGAGUCCUGGCUCAGAGGAGUCGCUCGCCAGGAGUCCAGAGCACGGCCAGUGCCGGCGGCAAGGUGGUGGUUCUGGACAAGGCCACGUUGGAGGCGUCGCCGUCCAAGCCUCUGCGUCACUAUACAGCGGUCAACAAGGAGAACUUGGACAUGGGCAUUGAGAUCAACAUAACCACGGACAAGCCAAUUGGGGUGCAAGUUGAGAUCCAAGAGCAGGAGGCGACCGAUGAUGAGGAUGAAGAUACUGGUGCUGACAAACCUUUGUUAGAGGCGGGGCCAGUAAAUCAGCCGUUGGCCAGGUUGAGAGAUACGUCCCGCAGCAGACUACAGCGCAUGGGUGCCCUGUACUCCAACACUGACGACUUAUCCUCGCCCAUACAUCGCACCGAGGGGCAAUUCCAUGUGACGACGGGUGAGGAAGAGGACAGCGGAAAUCGAAGCAGUAGGCAACCGAAGCAGAGAUUGGGAAAACUGGCCGCCCUCGCGGACACAAUCAAUCAGUGGGAGGAUGACACGUCGCACCACGAAGUGCACAGACCCCUUGAAGCUCCCCCACCGAAACCGCAUUUGUCCAGUCGGAGGCCGGACAAGGCUCCAGCUCCACAGCCACCCCAGAAAGACGAAGUUGAUAAGGCCGCCAAAACCAAGCAGCUGAAUUGGGAUCCUAAGGUAUUGAGCUCUCUGGAGGCACAAGGUUUUCAGCGCCGCGAAUCUUCGACCAUUAAACACACCUAUGAUUAUGCCAAACAGGGAGAAGCGGCGUCAGCUGGCAAACAGGAAAAUACGGCAACAGCAGCCAAGCCGCCAGUGCCGGAGAAAUCGACAACGGUCAGUCAGGUGGCCAAAAACUUCGCAUCUUCUGUUCCGGCGUCGAAGCCCCCAGCACCAGCGCCUGCAGUUAGUGUAAAGUCUGGUUUGGUUUCCGGCCGAGCCGCAAUUUUUGAGAACAAAGGAGCUGGUGGGCAGACGCAAGGCAGUCAACGCAACCAGAAGGAUCCCUGCGAACUGUCGCUAAAGGAGCGCAUGAAGCUUUUCGAGACAGGCAAUAACAAGGCUAUGCUGCCAAUGGCACCAAUAGGUUCUGCUCCCAGUAUUAGCCAAAUUCGGGCAGAGGAAGUGAAACAGCAUUUGGCGGCAGUGCAUCCGGUGACAGCUGCCGCUGCUACUACUGUAGUUGCAGCGCCCAAGCCGAAGCCAGAAAGCAAACUGCGCGACAAGGUUGCCGCUUUGGUGGCAAAUGCUCAGUCAAGUGCAGAAACUCGCAUUAAGGACAUUGAUCGUCAAAGGCAAGAGGACAUGCAGAUUAUUUCGAAUCGCUUUAAUAAGCAAAAGGAGCUCUUUGACAUUCAACCGGCUGUCAGUUCCGCACCCGCUCCAGCUCGAGCUCCCGCGCCUGCUCCUCCUCGAGUUCCCGCGCCACCCUCCAGCAAAGUAGUGCGGCCCAUGCCGCCACCUCCACCACCGCCUAUCGCUGGUUUCUCACCCGCUUUAGCCACUACCAAGAGACGUUCACCUGGUGAUGCCCCCAUCACUGACGACGAUUCGAAACGGGCUCGUAAGCAUUCCGAUCGCCUGUAUCCCGCUCUGUCAGACCUCGAUUCAAGCGGUGACAACUGCUGUGCCACCGAAACAGCCUCCGCCACGGACGACAGCCAUGAAGUGGAUGAAGAGGAGAUCGAAAGUUGCAUGGAUGAGUCGGAGGACCAGUCGCAGACUGAGGACAGCAGCGCCGGCAUGUGCAAUGGCAGUCUGGGCCGUGAGAUAAUGAGCGCAGUGCAGCGCAAUGAGGAGGAGAUGCAGCAGCAGCAGCCUAAUAAGAAGACCGUGCGCUAUGCCGACCAGGAUAUGUACUACGACGACAGCUCUUUGAACUCGUCGCAGGUAUCUGCCGGCAUCGAUGACUAUUUGGAUGAAGCACUGGUAGAGGAUUACGGCAGCACCCAGGAUGAUCAAAGCGACAGUGGCGACGAACACAAUGCCAGUCGGCUGUCCUUGGGUAGCAAAGGAACCACGCCCUCAACUAGCUUUUCCUUCCGAAAGAAUCCAGGCUCCAUGUGCACACCUAUAGAAGAGCAUCAAGAGAUGUUGGACCUUCAGACGCCGCUGUUAAGUGGUGCCCAGCCUGUCAAGUCUGAAUUGAGCGUAAACCAAGACAAUGACAACCUAGUUACUCUAGUGCAUACGGUCAGCUUCUAUCGCCGCCAGCAGAGUGCUAAUGGCUCCAAUUCCACACCAGUGCGUAAGAUCUGUCGAGAGCAACAAGUGAUGCGUUCAGCCCUUGCAGGCGAUUGUCAUGCUAAGCACAGACUGGAGUACGAUUCCCCUCAGCAGAGUGAGAACCUAGGAGCAGUUUCGAGUGCCAUGGAUGACCAGAACGAUGAAGACGAUGAUGAGUUCCAAAAUGCUCGGGAAAUAAACGAAGCAGCGCAAGCACAGGACAAGAUCAAGAAGUUAUUGAGCGAGGUGUGCAAGCAGCAGCAGGUUAUUGGACAAGCCAGUCAGGCGCUUAACCUUUGUGCGGCAACCGUUGAGUUUUCCGGUUCCACAGAAUCUGUUGAGGGAGAGCGGUAUCUUUUAUUGGCAACCCAUCGUCGUCAGGCCUGCUUGGAUGAGGUCCAGCGAUUGAGAGUCGAGAAUAGCAUCCGCCCCGUGGGUGCACCAAAAGAAAAGGGGCUGUUGACGGUGAAAGACAUAACCAUUCCCCUGCGGCAGGAGUACGUGCGUAAAAUGGCCUCCAACAACAUCAAUGGCCAUCAUCUCGUGUGCUUGCUGAAGUACAACGAGCACGUGCUGGCCACCAAGACAGUACCCACGAUGCCUGGUCUGUUGUCUGUCAAGUUUCCCGAUGUCCUGCAACUAAACAAUGUGUAUGCCGAUUUUAGGAUCACGCUGGAAAUCUAUGGCAUGCUAGCCCAGCGAGAUCAGCUGCCUCAUGAGCUGAAGUACCAUAUCAACGUAAACAAGAAGGGCGGCGUGAAGACGCCAAAGAAGAAGGGCGGCGAAAACCGGCUGGUGAUGCCACCUGUACAGAGUCCGGCGGGGCCGCAUGUGGUACGAACACCGCAGCUGGUGCAAUACGGCUUUGCCAUCUUUUCGUUGCGAGAAAUUCAACGUACUACAUGGACGCUGACCCAGGUGCUUGGCGUUAGUCCUCUGGAAGGUGUGGUUCACAUGAAAGUGAAUUGCGAGCUUUCCGUGAGCGUGGAACACAAGGGAUUCCUUACCAUGUUUGAGGACAUCUCCGGCUUUGGGGCAUGGCAUCGGCGAUGGUGCUAUCUGAACGGCUCCGUAAUUAACUACUGGAAGUAUCCGGACGAUGAGAAGCGCAAGACGCCCAUGGGCAGUGUUGAUCUGAAUGCUUGUAGUUCCCAGAAGGUGACCACUGCACCGCGCGACAUUUGCGCACGGCUCAACACCAUGCUCUUGGAGUGCGAACGACCGGCGCUGGAUACGGACCAGGAGUCGCUGAUAAUCGUGCCCAAUGGUCGCACAACCACAGUGCGACAUCUGCUCUCCGCUGAUACGAAGGAGGAACGCGAGGAAUGGUGCGCCUACUUGAACAAGGCGCUGACGUUGCUGCGCGCCUGGGGAAACUCCCAUUGACCCGCUGACCCACUGCAAUUCUGUCAGCAGCAUGGACACUGACACUGACACCAAACGGUCGGGUUGUUUAAAGUUUUUUCUUUUUAAGUUACUUCAUUUACUAUUUGCGUUUGUCUUGAUUAUGUUAUAUGUUUCGGACUUAAAUUAUUCGUAUUCCGUUUUCUAGUGGGACACGUUCGUGUUCAUUUAAAUCGACAAAGUAUUGUUUGAAUAUCUUUUUAUAUAUGUACAUUGCAAGUAGGAUGUCUCGCUUAAUAUAUAAUAUAUAAUAAUAAUAAUAUUGUGUAAAUCCCAGUAAAAGGCUGCCGCCAUUUAUACACUGAA